GUAAAUUUUUGUCUGUGAUGGCGGAUCGUAUGUUUUUGUAAUUUUUUUUUCGUUACAAAAUUGUUUGUUGCUGUUGGCAGUCGGCUAAAUGGUGUCCACAACGUAAUGGGGGGCAGCGGCGGUAUGGAGCCAGAGGAGAAGAAGAAGCAGCUGAAUGACGACGUGGUGGUCUUCCUCAGCAAGACUGACCCGCCCCGAUACAACGCCAGGCUGCACGCUUAUGUAGACCUUCAGAGGAAGCGCAGUCGUGCGGCGGCGGCUCGGCGUCGCUCGGAGCUGUUUCGUGAAUGCCGAGCUAACGUGCCGAAAAAGAAUGACAAGAAUGAGAACCAGAAUAAGGAAGUCACAGACAAAGGCAAUGAAGAAGAAACAAAAAGACGAAGGGGAGGAGACAAUGAAGGAGGUUUCUUCAAACCAUGGCGCUCCAAUUCCAACGCUUCGGAGCCCUCGGACAGAUGCAGGCGUCGCAAGAGAUGCGGACGUCGCCGCCGCCGCCGCCGCCGCAGUUGCCGCCGCCGUCGUCGGCGCCGGCGCAGUUGUCGUCGCCGGCGCCGUCGCAGCCGUAGCCGUCGUCGCCGCCGGCGCAGCUGCCGACGCCGGCGCAGGCGCAGCCGUAGGAAGAAGUGUAGAUGCUAAAGGUUCUGCCACAUCAAGAUUUCAUUUGUGGCUUCGUACAUCGUCUUAGGCCGACUGUCAAGUACGUCUUGUGUUUAUAUCGACAAUAGUGUUUUAUGAUCUGA